CAGCAUAAUGCGUCCUCGGCUCGCUACUGAAGUACCGCACACACAUGCGUCAGCAGUGUGCCUGCUCCCCAGAUAACAUUAUGAAAGUCUCAGCUGGUCUCUUGGUGACUACUGCAGUUUUCUUUUUCACACUGUGCAGCAGUGUUGUUAUUCAACAAUAUGCUUCCAUUUUAGCAAGAUGCAAAUCACAUAAACUGUAUAUGAUCCAAGUGUCCAAACAUUAAUAUGAGAUAUGUUUACUGGUGUGUGUAAACCAGUAAGUGAAGAGUAUGUCAGCCAGUGCUCUCUGGCAGACUUAAAAAGAUCCUUAAGUACAAUUAACCUACCACAACACAAUAUUUAAACAAAUAAACUCCUGCUACAUGUCACAUCUGCAUCACCCCUACAUUACUAGUGUGUGUAAAACCAAGCAUGUUGUCCUAUCAACAGAAUUACUGUGUUUUGGAUAAAAUAAUUUUGGGUAUUGGGCCUCAACAUUGUAACUACUAAAACAGCUAACUUGCCGAUAUUUCAAAUGACUUGCGGCAGUCCUCUUCCGGGUGGUUCACUGCUGUAUACUGGUGAAUGUCUUUCUUUACAUACUGUUAUUUUCAGUUAUCUAGUGGCUACCAAUGUCUCAUAUCUGUGAUGUCAUUGGACAAUUUAAAGAGAUUGUUAUGGCAGUGGCUGUAUGGUACACUAUUGCCUAUGCCGGAAGGCAACUCUAGUAGAGAUGACUGUAUCAGUUUUCUGUUACCUGUGCCACUCUGGUAAUGAUUGGUCAGCAACCCUUGUUGGUGGUUGGAAUGCAAUAGCAAAUCGGCAGCUUGUUUCCAGGGAAUGGUGUUUUCCUGCAGUGAGGUUUUAUGGCUGCAUGGCAGUUCUCUCACGGUUGCUGUCUACACUGCCAAACCCCAGCCAAAUGGUGCCGCUGGCCAGUGAACACACAUGAUCCACUGGGCUGGAAUCGCUGGCAGCCAGACUCCAGAUUCACAGAUCCCGAGGACAGUGUGGCCACAGCAGUUGCCAGAAGGUGUCAUCACAACACCAAAGGACAACCUCAUCCAGAUGGAGCCUUUGCCGCCUCUGCCAGCUCUCGUUCUACCAAUGGAGCUGGACCCACAAAUGCCGCAGUAGCCAACGCCUUCUACAUUGUGGUAUGGGCCUCAGGAAGUGGACAUGUACCCUUCUGGAUGUCUUCCGGGGGAUAUUUCCACCAGUGCACAGGCCAGAUAGUGGGGUAUGACUGGAAGUCUCACGUCCCCUACAGCCACAGCUUCCAGUCCAUUAGUGUGUCCACCCUGCUGCCUCCCCCACUGUUUUCGUGCUCCAUAUACAAUGACAGUCCAUCACCUUGGUGGGGAGCAAUGUAACGGCAUAAAGUCAAGCACCAGCAUGCUAUUUGGGAAUGAUAGAAAAGAGGUGGCUGUGAGAAGACGUCAGCCAGUCGCACGCUGAUUGACCCCUCUCCAGGAAGACUACAAGACAACAGCAGCCCCUAUGUGAAGAGGACAUAAGUGCCGUGACUGACUGGUGGUGCUCCAGUUGAAUAGCCACUUCACGACCAGCGGCUGGAUAGAAGCGGCAGUGCUCAUUACUUUGCUUGUACACUCUAUGUAACACAGACAUGGGAACUGUUAUACUGAAGAAAUUGCUUAUUUUGUAUGUCACUCUUUGCUUGUGACACAUCUGUGUAAUUGUCAGAUUUAAGUAUUGUCUUUUAAUUUUUUGUAAUAAAACUCAUUAAUAUGA